GCAACGCAGAAAGAGCAGAAGUUCUCAGAAGCCAUUAUAAAGCCCAGAAAAAAUAAAAUAAGAGAGUGAGAGAAACCGUUCUUUUCCUUUUUCUUUAUUUAGAGAUUUCUCUUACUCUUUGCAUUAUUCCGCAAUGGCGUGGAAGAAAACCCUUGCUGAGAGGCUCUUCAACAUCUCCAAGAUCGCCUCGCCUCAAUCCCUAACCAAGUGCCGCGUCUCCUCAUCGCCUGCAGUGCAGGGGCGGAUCCAGCAGAAAGUGGGAAAAGCGGCCACGGCUAUCGCGCCGGAUCCGGGAGACAAUGGAAAUGGGAUUUUCAGGAGAUUUCUCCACAAACGGGCUGUGUUCUCUCCGGAGAUUCGGCAGAUGCCGGUGGGAGACAAUUUGAUCGAGAAAUUUAGGGGAGUGGGGAUUGCGAAGGAUCGGAUCCGGCUGGACGGGCUUACCCCACAUCUGCCUCCUAGAUCAGCGGAGGAUAGGUCGUCGGAGGUGGUUGGGCUGACGGUGGAUGAUGCUAGGAAGCUGCUGAGGGUGGCGCAACUGGAAGUUGUGAAAACGAGGCUGAGAGAGACGGGGAAGACCUGGAUUGCUUAUCCGGAAUACGUUAUUAUCUGCAAAGAAGGUUGUUUGGAUCCAGAUGAGGGAUUGCGGCUUGCGAGAUUGCUGGAUGAGUGCGGGACGGUCAUCAUCCUUGGAAACGUCGUCGUUUUGCGGCCUGAUCAGGUAGCGAAAGUCAUUGGAGGCCUAAUUCCUUUACCAGGGGCAACCAACCCCAGUGAUCCAAGAAGAAAGGAACUGGAGCAGCUAGAAAAGCAGAAAUCUGCUAUUGAUGAAAAGGCCGACACCCUGGUCCGCCGAGAACUUUGGGGUGGUCUGGCAUACCUGGUGGUGCAAACAGCUGCAUUCAUGAGGCUUACCUUCUGGGAACUCUCAUGGGAUGUCAUGGAACCAAUCUGUUUCUACGUGACAUCCAUUUAUUUCAUGGCCGGCUACGCAUUCUUUCUCCGAACGGCCAAAGAACCUUCUUUUGAAGGGUUCUAUCAAAGCAGGUUUAGCGCCAAGCAGAAGAAACUAAUGAAGACUCAAAAUUUCGAUUUUCAGAGGUACAAUGAGCUGCGGAGUCUGUUUUAUCCAGACUCAUUGGAACAGACCUCGUAUUCUUCAUUUGAUCAGCCUGAGACGAUGCAAAUUGGUGCUGCAGAUCAGGCAUACAGAUAGAAGAGAAAGGGUAAUGGAAAAUAAGACCAAUUCAAUUUUGUAUAACCUCCUUAAUUUUAGCUUUAGGUGCGGAUUUUUGUAACAUUGAUGUAUCGAAAUAUCAUUACAUCUUGACUGAUGUACCUUAAUGACUGAGGUUUGAUCUAACUCAUGCUUAAUUGUGAAAAGUUCGGCGUUAUGUUUUCAA